GCCGACCACUUCGUAUUCUCUUGUCUCCUCCGCAGCCUUCAUCGCCCGUUCGCCCUAUUUUCCGUCUCUCCUUCUUCCACCAUCACCACCCGCCGUCUAUCACCUUGAUCCUCGAAUCUCCAUCAUCCGCCUCCUUUUCCAGCUUUGGUCUCGCUGGCGUCGGCCUCCCUUCAGCAACGUGGCCCGCACAUUCCGAUCACCGGCCCGAUUCUUUCGUUUCUUUUUCCGCCUCCAAUACCCAUUAACGCCAGCCGUCGUUCCAUCCAUCAUACUAUUCUAAUUUUAACGGCGGCCGCCUGCGCCUGCCUACCAAACGCCCGCCCAUCAUGUAUCAAGGCGGUCAAAGACAUGUCUCGGGCAAUGAUCCCUCACGGCAGUACCCUCCGCCUCCGCCAAUGUCACCACCUAUGCAAGGCCAGCAGCAGCAGCACAUGGGCUCCAUGCUUCAUAUCCCUCCUCCUCCUCCACGAUUCCCGACCGCGCCCAACACCCCGACUGUCGUCAACUUGCCUCCGCCACCCGGUCAUCCACCCGGCCACCCACCUGGCAGCAACUUGGCCCAGCACUGGCAAAACGUCUACGGCCCAAUGUACAACCCGCGCCCAGGCUUCGGCACGAUGCAGCCACCGCAAGCUACCUCCCACCACGCUGCCUAUAACCCGAAGGCUCACGCGCAAAUGGCCAACCCGGGCAUGGGCAUGAGCGCAACAUAUAUCCCGACUGGACUGGACGCGUAUGGCGAAGGCGUCGGUAUUCCAGGCCUCGGUUCCGAUGAGAAUGAGAUGGCCAACCACACCAUGCCCGACGAUUCGCGAGAGCGGUUUUAUGGUAUAGCGGCUGGUAAAGCGCGAGAGUCCAUCGCGGGAAGCGAUAGGUCAACCCACACAAUUCCCCAGGAAUUGGCGUCCCAGUGGUCGCUUGACACAGUCAUCAUGUGGCUCGCGCAAAACAACUUCUCGAAACAGUGGCAGGAUACCUUCAUGAGCCUCAACCUCCAUGGCGCUGUCUUUCUGGAACUUGGCAGUAAAAACGCUGGCCGUGGCAAUCUAGGCAUAAUGCAUAAGCAAGUCUAUCCUCGCCUCGCUAUCGAGUGCGUACAUGCCCAAGUCGUCUGGGAUCAGUCUGUUGAACGCGAAGAAGGCAAACGAAUGCGACGGUUGAUCCGUGGUAUUGUUGCUGGCUUGCCCGUUGACCCGGUUCACACGGUUAGCAGCCACGUACGUAACAAUUCCGUCACUGGCUCUAAUGUGAGCGCAGGUACUGAACCUGCAGAGUCACCCAAUACACCAUUGAAUGCACCAGGCCCUAGCUUCGCCACUCGACAAUUGUCUCAAAUUCGAGCUACAACAAUGCCAUCCUUGAAGAAUAUACCGAUUAGCGAUAGCAAUCGCGGCAUGGGCCUAAAACAGUCCGAAUCAGACGGACUUCCCAAGGGUAGUCCAACUGCAGGGGAUCUGUAUGAUAGCAAACCGCUUCGAAGUGCUGCGGAUCGAGUUGCCAGCCCAAACGGGAGUCCUGUUCUGUUACACACAAACACCAAUGGCCCCGCCUCUGCGAAUUCACCAAGUUCGGCCAAAUUCUCUCAUCGAUCACGAAAUAGCGUCGAUUCAGUUUCUUCAAAUACUGCCAUAUACGGCUCCGGUGUGCCUGCAGACGCCGCAAACAUGCUCCACAACAACAGCAUGGGCGAAAUGCUCGGUGUAUCAACGUCACGGCAAUCACCCUCCGAGACUUCUGAGCGAUUCUCAAAUAACAAACAUCCUCAUACUUUCCGCACUAUCAUGUCACAGUUUAAGAAGAAUAAAGAAGACGAAAGUAUGUCUUCGCCAACUCGCGCAGAUUACCCACCCUCUCCUCGCCAUGCUCCAAAAGGCUCUCAUGGUAGUACCACCGACUACGGCAUCCCCCGUUCAGCUGGCGUAGCUGGAGUGACAGGCAAGCGAACAUAUGUGCUCGUUACGCUAGACUUUUGGAACUUUAGAAUGUGCGAUAUUACCGAAACUGAGACAGCUACGGAUAUUCGCCACGCCGUUUGCCUAAACCUGGGGCUGUCCGACUUUCAACAAGCUGCUAUUUAUGCGACAGAACUUGGUAAAUUCGAUCAUAAGGAGGCCCUAGACGAUGGACGACUCCUCACACUGAAGAAUGAGUUUGAGAGUGGCUCGACUCCAAAGUUCUUUAUUAAUCCCCACGGCGGGACGAGCCCGAUGGUUAGGGCUGAUGCUGUCCUCGCGAACUCGCCCAGAAUACCCGGGCGGGAUGAUGACACAUAUGAUAGACUGCAUGGUCACGACCGUCAAAAGUCGGCAUCGUCUCCAGGCAGCUCGCUAUCUACACCCAACUCUGCUGGGCCCAGAGAUAUAGAGCAAGAAGGUCGCGAAUACAAAGAAAAGUUGAUGAAGCAACAGCAAGACUACAUUGCCAAAAAGAAGCAGGCCAACUCAAGUAGCCCUACUCUCAACAAUGGAGUAAGCAUCCAUGGAACAAGAACUGUUGACUUUGACAACCGCCCACCCAGCUUUAUCAAGGAGAAGGGUCAAGCUGAUACACUCAGACCUCAGCGUAAACCGCCUGCACCACCCAGCGACCCAUCGGCAACAUUGAUCAAGGCGAAUUCCUUGAGCAGAAAGCCUCACGUCGGUGGUAAGAGCAUUCGAUACUCUGACGGCGCGAACGACGGGGUCCCUAGUGCAAGACAUCCCAAGGAGUCUGACACGCUACAAAGUAAAUUUACCAGACAUGGUGCUACGUCAGCUCCGAAUGUACCCCCGGCUCGUGGCCUUGGGCUCACUGGCACUCGAACAGGACCACCUCUCAACGCAGCUGUAGCACAAGCCAAGCGAUCGUCUUCAAAUAAUCACAUGGAUGGAUUUGAUGGCGCUGAGAGCCCCGUACUGGGAUUCGCCCCUCAUCGCAACGUAACUUGGAGCAGCGGCAAUAUGCCAUUCGCAGUGCCAGACUAUUCGCCAGGUGGCACCCCUAUCCCGCAGCCUAGCCAGGUUGAACCUGUUCCCAAGUUGGAGACGGUGGAUCUACCACCAGCAGUAUCAUCAGAACUCAGCCCAAGCUCGGUUGGGCCUAGCCUAAAUGGAGCGACAGGGCAAGAUAGUGACGAUGAUUCUGAUGAAGGCCUCUUUGCUAUUGCUAUUCCAGGUCGAGCUAAACAGCCACCCGCCAAGGCAAAGCAAAAGGGACGAGUUGUCUCCUUCCAACCGCCAAAAUCUAGUCCUGGUGGGCUUGAUAGCAUUAACGACGGCAUCUCCCGACCAGCUUCUAACCCCAGAACACCUGGUGGAGACUCACAACUCGUUCGAAUGGGGUCGUUUAUUGAAAAGGAUGUUUGGGCAAAUCGUCCCCCUACUGACGCACUAUUGAGCAACCUCGAUGACUUCUUCCCUAACCUUGAUCUUGAUGAGCCAGUAUUUGAAGACGACGGACGCGGUGACUUUGUACCGUCCCCUAUCAAAGAAGAGGAUAGUCCUGAUCAAUUCGGCCCUCCUCAGGGACCCAACCAAGAUUCCAUUAGCCACGUUCCGCGUCCGUCGCGCCAGCUUUCUCUCUAUGGGGAGGCAGAUACCCUCGGGUCGGAUGAGUCAACUCUCAAGGCCUCUGACAGACCGUCAUCUUCGCAUGGAUCCAUUUAUGCCCAGAAGAGCAUCCGACGGUCUGGUGGCUUGAACCGGAUGAAGUCCAUUCGUGAAGUUGCACGUGGUGCACACGAGGCAAAUAAGAGAUAUACAAGAAUGUCCCAAGGACUAAACAAAGGAGGUAGCAUCGUUCGCCGCCCAAGCACAAAGAUGUUCAACGCGACAAUUGUGCAGAUUGAACCAGAUCGACGCGGUAGUAUGAUUAUGCCUCCGCCGCCACAAAACAACAUCCCUAAACGCCAAACGACGUUCCGUUGGUUCAAGGGUCAGCUCAUUGGAAAAGGAACGUACGGCCGAGUCUACCUCGGUAUGAAUGCCACUACUGGUGAAUUCUUGGCCGUCAAGGAAGUCGAGGUCAACGCCAAGGCUGCCAACGGUGACAAGGCCAAGAUGAAGGAAAUGGUGGCUGCGCUGGAUCGCGAAAUCGACACCAUGCAACAUCUUGACCACGUCAACAUUGUUCAAUAUCUUGGUUGCGAACGCAAGGAAACCAGCAUCAGUAUUUUCCUUGAAUACAUCUCUGGUGGCAGUAUCGGAUCAUGCCUGCGUAAACAUGGCAAGUUUGAAGAGUCCGUCGUGUCGUCGUUGACGCGACAGACACUGGCCGGUUUGGCCUAUCUACAUCGUGAAGGUAUUCUGCACCGUGAUCUCAAAGCCGAUAACAUCCUUCUAGACUUGGAUGGCACUUGCAAAAUUAGUGACUUUGGUAUUUCCAAGAAGACCGACAACAUCUAUGGCAAUGACAAGUCCAACAAUAUGCAAGGCUCCGUCUUCUGGAUGGCCCCGGAGGUCAUCCGCUCCCAGGGCGAAGGCUACGGCGCCAAGGUGGAUAUCUGGAGUUUGGGCUGUGUGGUUUUGGAGAUGUUUGCUGGUCGCCGACCAUGGAGCAAAGAAGAGGCGGUUGGCGCCAUCUACAAGAUUGCCAAUGGUGAGCGGCCGCCUAUCCCCGAGGAUGUCUUGGGAACUAUCCCACCUUCGGCAGUAGCGUUCAUGGAGGAGUGCUUUACAGUAAACCCCACGGAGCGACCUACAGCGGACAUGCUGCUUUCAGAACACCCGUUCUGUGACUUGGAUCAGGGAUUCAACUUUUACGACACUGCACUGUAUACAAAGAUUAAGGAAACGUAUAAGACGGAUUAAAACGGGGCGUUGUCUCGGAGGGUGUUUGGAGAAGAUUCAUGUCUGGACAGGAUAAUUUUUAGGGGUACUGUACGGAAAGCGCCGGCGCAACUUUGGGAUACAACUUGUUUUCAAUAUUCGCUUCUAUCCCUUGUUUUAAUAUUUUAUACGGAAUGCACAACCAUGAUACCACUGUAUUGUAG